CCUCUCCUCUUCCCUUGAUGCCCUGCGAGAUGCGCGGCGCAUGCGCUGCUUCGACACAGGAAGUAAACAAGCAGCGUGCCGCUCUCCACGCGCAUGCAGCAGCAGCAGCAGCAGCAGAAGAAACAGCAAACCAAUCGGCUGCCUCAGCUCUUCUUUUCCUCCUCAUGAAUCCUGCAGACGCCUCCCCUCCUCACAGGAAGAGGAGGAGGUCACAGAGUCCGGCAGAGUCUCCUGCUCCCGUCGACAUCGACACACCUGAAAAGGUAGGGAAGAAGAAGAAGAAGAAGAGGAAGAAGAAGAGAGAGGAGGAGGAGGAGGAGGUUGGUCUUCCUCCCGCUGACAGACAGACAAACAACCAGAAGGAGGAGGAGGAAGAGGAGGAGGAAGAGACGCAGCUCUCCAUAGCAACCAGCGAAACAGGCAAAAAGAAGAAGAAGAAGAAACACAAGAAUGGACUGAACGAAGUCAGCAUCACCACGGUAACAACAGACCAUAACAACACAGACACAGACCUGAUGGUUCCCAUGGAAACUAGUGACACUGGGAUGGAGAGGAAGAAGAAGAAGAAGAAACAGGAGGUGAACAUCGACACGGUGACAACUACCCAUAAUAACAACAGUGAAACAGACCUUUUGGUUUCCAUGGAAACCAAUGACACAGAGAAAGAGAAGAAGAAGGAAAAGAAGAAGAAAGAUGGGAGGAUGGUGGAGGAACAGACCGAAGAUAAAGACACUGAGUCACAGAAAGAACAGAAGAAGAAAAGAAAAGAGGAGAAGAAGAGACCAACAGGAAGAAGAAGAGCAGCGAUGAAGAAGAAGGAAGACGGAGCGGCUGAAGAGAAAGAUCUGUUGGACUGGUCGCUGGUUGAAGAGCUUCAGGAGUUUGUUCCAGACGUCAAGAAUAAAUCAGUUCAUCAGAUCAACAAACUGCUGCGAUACGACCUGCCGCGUUUCAAAUACUUCAAACAGCAAGGUGUGCCUCUGCGUCGGGGGAGGUGCUCUCAGCAGGAGAACCAGCGAAUCAGAGAGAACGUAGCAGACUUCCUGGCUUUGACGGGCAUCAGCUCGGCCAAUCAGCUUCUGUUUCCUCAGAGGUACAAAGAGCAGGAGGCGGAGCUUAGACGGCUGCGAGCACAACAUCACUUCCUGGAGAGGAUCGCUGAGGGCAUCCCGAGAACGUGUCACCAGGUUCACGUCAGAGCCAAGAAGAUAUUUGACGACAGGAACCACAUGGGAAGGUUCUCAGAGGAGGAGAUGCAGUCUUUGAUAAAGUGGCAGAACCUCCAUGGUAACGACUGGAGAACAAUCUCUCAGAAGAUGGACCGCAGCAUUUACGCCUUACAGAAACGCUUCGCCGACAUUGCUCCAGGUCGGGGGUCCUGGAGUUCAGAUGAAGAGUCCAGGUUGAAGCAGGCUGUGAAGGCUCACCUGGAGGUCCUGGUCCAGCAGAGUCCUGAAGGUCCUAGUCUGAGUAGAGACCAGCUGUGUAACAACCUGCCCUGGAAGGAGAUCAGCCGGCAGGUGGAGACUAGAUCCUGGACCCAGUGUCGCAUCAAGUGGUUCAGCAUACUGAAGUUUAAACUGUCAGCAGGCGGCAGAACCUUCACUAGAGGACCUGCAGGACUUCAGGCCAAAAUCCGUCUCAUCAACACGUUGUACAACAUGCGUGUGGACGAUGCAGCCGACAUUGACUGGGAAGAGGUCGCUCACACUGUUGGUGAAGUGACUCCAGUUUGUGUUCAGAAGAGUUUCCACAGACUGAAAGUUUCCAGAGUUCCCAACUGGACCAGUUUAUCCUACGGAGAGAUCAUCGACUUCCUGCAGCUGAACGUUGUUCCUCGUCUGAAGGAGAACCUGAGCAGGGAGGAGGGGCUGGAGGAUCAGCAGGAGGUACAGCAGGAGGUGGAGAACAGGUACCUGCUGGCGAACAUCUUCCCCUCGCAGGACGAAGACUACACAGAGGUGGACAACGUUUAACUGACCUUCAGCCAAUCAGGAACCAGACGGACAGAUGAAUAAACUGUGACCUCAUCAUGCUCUGCCCCUUCUGUGAUGUGAUUGGCUGACACCUGAAGAUGAUGAUGAUGAAGAUGAUGAUGAUGAUAAACAGGAAUUGACUCAACAGCUCAGUCUGUUUGAACCCUGCACAGGAAGGGGAUUAAUACUGAGACUUUAAGUGAUGAUCAGGCUCAUGUUUCUGUAACGAGCCAUUUGAUGUUUUAUGUUAACAACUUUCUAAUGAAGAGAAUUUUCUCAUUA